GAGUUCUUCCAGUUUCGGAAGACCAAGGGAAUCUGAUCUGAAGACUGAAGCUGCUAAACCUCCUCUUCUUCUCCAUGUGCAAUGACGAUGGACCUUGUCGAGACUGUUCACCGAAGCAGUUGCGGAUGAUCUUCUUACAGGGACCAACAGAUGAAGCUCUAAAGAAAAAAAUAGAUGCCCAGAAUUGUCAGAGGUUUUCCUAUAAAACCUUAUGUCAAGCUACCAAUAGAUUUGCCUCUCGAAAUAAGCUCGGUCAAGGAGGCUAUGGACUUGUGUACAAGGGGGAGUUGGAUGAUGGGAAAGAGAUUGCAGUGAAGAUGCCAUUAAAUGUGUCAACACAGCAUGAGGAACAAUUGAUAAAGGAGAGAGAGUUGCUGAGUAGCGUGAAACACCCUAAUGUGGUGAAAUUGUUUGGUUAUUGCACUAAUAAGAAAAAAAUCUUACUUGUUUACGAGUACAUUCCCAACAAGAGUCUCAACGUGCUUUUAUUG